CCGGACGUUGGCGGGUGUCACAUCCGGCGGGAGGGGCGGGGCUCGCGGAUCCCGGAAGUGUGGCGCUGGCCGCGGCGGACUCCGUGGCUGCGGCGGCGGCGGCGGCGGCGGCCCCGGCAGGGAGAGAUGGAGACGCUCAGGGACAAGACGCUGGAGGAGCUGGAGAAGAUGCAGAGUGACCCCGAGGCCAUCGACCGGCUGGCCCAGGAGGCCCCCGAGGUCCAGGACCUGCAGCUGGAGCGGGAGAUGGCGCUGGCCACCAACCGCAGCCUGGCCGAGCAGAACCUGGAGUUCCAGGGCCCCCUGGAGGUCAGCCGUGCCAACCUCUCCGACAAGUACCAGGAGCUUCGGCAGCUGGUGGAGCGGUGCCAGGAACACCGGGCCAAGCUGGAGAAGUUCUCCUCGGCGCUACAGCUGGGCACCCUGCUGGACCUGCUGCAGGUUGAAGGCAUGAAGGUGGAGGAGGAGUCGGAGGCCGUGGCUGAGAAGUUCCUGGAGGGCGAGGUGCCCCUGGACACGUUCCUGGAGACCUUCUCGGCGCUGCGGGUACUGUCCCACCUGCGCCGUGUGCGCGCCGAGAAGCUGCAGGAGGUGAUGCGCGCGCCCCCCGCGGCCCAGGGGGACGCGGCGCCCCCGCGCCCGCCGCCGCCGCUGCCGCCGCCGACCCCGCCGCGCCCGGAGCCCCCCGCCACGCCCCCCACGGUGCCCGAGGAGCCGCGGCCCGCGCCCAUGCCCCCCUACCCGCUGCCCUACAGCCCCACGCCCGGCCUGCCCACGGGGCCCAUGGCGCACGGCGCGCUCCCGCCCGCGCCCUUCCCCACGCCGCCCCCCACCGUGCCCCCCGCCUUCUGGUCGCCCCCGCGCGCCCCGCCCGGGGUCCCCCCGGGGGUCGCGGGCCCCGGCUAUCCCGUGGCGGGGGGCCGGCCCAGCAGCUCCGGGUACCCACAACAGCUCCCCUACCCUGUGUCCAGAGGGAGAGCCCCGUACCCCACACAACCCCCCUACCCCACACAGCCCCCGCCCGCGGGGCCCCCGCGGCCCCCCUACCCGCUGGGCCCUGCACCCCCCUACGGCUUCCCCCGACCCCAGGGCCCUGCCUGGCACGGGUACUAGCCCUGCCCGCUUGCCGCCUGUGGUUGGGGGAGUCCCGGCCCCCCAGGGGCCUGUGAGCACAUG